UUCCUCUUCUCCCGUCCCAGCGCCUCCGAUGACUUCCUCCUCGUCCAGGCCGUGGCCAUUCGGGGAGCCCCACGGCUGCGACGGCGACGGCUGCGCCUCCAACCCGGACGCCUGGCCACUACACCACGCAUACCGCAGCGGCGAGCGCUGCCGCCUCUGCAGCUCCUGCAUCCUCCUCUCGGAUCGCUCGGCCUACUGCUGCUGCUGCUUCCUGCUCAUCACCUCGCCGUCGUCCCACUACGACGAUGACGACCCCCUCAUGGCCCCACCUAUCCCGACCGUCACCUGCCAAGUCUGCUGCAGUGCCGUCGCGCACCUGGCCUGCCUCUAUGAGCUCCAUCCCGCCGGCGCCGACUACGGCGUCUUCGUCUGCCCCGCCUGCAGCGCGGCCGAGGAGGGGAGGCCCUUCACCUACGCGCCGCCCUGCAGGCAGCCGCUCGACGCGCGCGCCGCGAGGGUGCUCCUGCUGGGCGCGCGGAUGGCGAUGGCGCUUCUGCAGCGGGAAGCGGCCGCGGCGCGGGCCAAGGCGGAGCGGCUGGCCCGGGACGCCGGUGAGGCGCGGAGGAGGGCGUACCGCGCCCUCGGAGAGGCCCUCGGCGUCGACGCGCAGGAGGCGGCCUGGUACUCCGACGCCGACCAGCCGCCGGCGGUGCCAACGCAGGGCCCCGAGGAUAAUCGCCCGGCGGCGCCGCCUUUGAACAUCGUGGACGCGCCGCAGCCCCACGGGGAUCACCUGGCAGCGUCUGAAGAAGGCAGUCAGGCGAUGCCACCUCUGGCCGGCCUAACCAUCGGCACGGGGUGCGCCACGGCGGUGGCAAUGGCUCCCGCCGAGUCCAGCCACACGCCACCGUGGUCGUCCUGGUCGCUGCCGGCGUUCGGCGCCGGCGCGUCCUCAAGGACUUGCCCCCCGUCGCCGCGGACGCUGGACCUGUUUGGCGUCAGGGAGAUGGCGAUAGCUGCCGCCGAGGCCGCCAGGGCCAAUCCGCCGCCGGCGCCGCGGACGCUGCAGCUGUUCCCGGCCGACAAGGCCAGCGCCAGCUCCAAGAUGCAGAGGACGCUGCAGCUGUUCGAGGAUAAGAUUCAGGAUGAUGAUGAGGACAUGUAAUGUAACGAUGCUGGGGAUCGAGCUUGAUCUUGAUGUCAUCAAAAUUGAAGGGAGGUGGUGUUUCCUUAGUCCUUACUAUACUUCCAUCAAAAAAACAAAAACUUUGUUUAGUUCUUGGUCGGUGCGUGAUUUCAGUUGGAUGGGGUAUCUAAGCUACAUGCGUGUGCCCCAGAAUUGUAGUUGAGGUGGGUUCUUGUUGAAUCGUUUGUCCAUCUGACAUGUAUCGUAUCGUAUAUCUUGGUUUGACAUGCCAUGUUGCCAUGUAUGAUGCUGUUAGCAAUUUAGCAGUGAACAAUGUAAUGGGUGCAGGCAUUCUGAAAUUGAUGCCGUAUGCAAAUUUAAACUUCAAAUACCCCAAGAGAUAUAGCUUCAGGAGUUGUCUCAAUAUCCAUACAGUUGCUGUUUGCUUGCCAUGUUUUUCUAACAGAUUUUGCUUGUACUGUUGAAGUGUAAUGUAUCUGUUUACACUGCUGAAAUGACUACAAAUUGGAGUACAUUUUAUCAGUCUGAAGUUUCACCCGUGUCUUAGUCUGCCUCUUCAACUCUGUCUCCAGCUUAAUUGAUUUUGAAGUAGUCAUUUGUUUUCUUGAGCUACUAUAGAUUGCUUUGAAGUUUCAACGGUACUUGAUUGCUAUGACCUUGAACAUUACUGGCUAUCUCGUGAUCAACCAGAUUUCUGCAUCAGCGUCCGUUGCUGAUGAUUUAGCAGUAGUGUUUGUUUAAAUGAACAUGAUUAGAAAUAAUUAGUUAUGGAUCAGAAUGAGAAUCGGGGGAACAGACAGGCUACAACAAUAUUCAACAUGGUGGCUAAUUUGCGCCACACGCUUUGUACAAGAUUUCCUAA